AUGCUAGAAAAUACAAAACAUUUGUCUGUCAAUGCAAAUAAAAGUGAAAGCAAUGCAAUAUUCAACCUAAAUAGUAAUUGGUUACCAGAAAGACAUCUUGAUGAUCAUGAUUACUUUGAAACUUACAUAAAUAUGACUAAAUAUAUGGAAGACACAUGCCAUUACAUAGCUGGGUUUGUAGUGAAGAAGUUGUUGAAAAGAGUUGAUUGCUAA